GGCCUGUGUUCACAGGUCCUUAAACCUCAUGUGUGAUACGAAAUGUACCCAAUGCAUUUAUAGCUCUGGCUGUAACAGUGACUCUUGUGUUGUGGAGGUGGAAUAUGUGCCCGCUGGUGUGAGGAGCUGUCUCGUGUUGUGAUGUGUCCAGUUUUGAAAGUAUGAUUACGUCAACACUGGAUUUGCACUUGAGAUUUGGAAAAGAUAACAAGCCCUGGCAUACUGUGUUGUAAGGGUUGUGUGGAGUUUGUUGUAUGGAGACAACCACGUCAGGUGACCACUGAAACCUCAUGGUGAUAUAACAUGGCCAGCAAUGGGAUAUGAAACGUUACAACAUGGGGCAUUGGUCAUGGUACGUCUGAACACAUCGUGAAAGAGGAUUUACAUACAGAAUGUGGAGACAGAAGGAUCCUGGGAUAACUCACUCAGUGUAUGUCAAGGAAGACCACUCUGGUAGAGGAGGAACCAUCGACCCAGAGGAGCGGUUUACGAAGCUAGAAAAGAUUGGAAAAGGUUCAUUUGGUGAAGUGUUCAAAGGAAUUGACAAUGACACGAAACAGGUUGUGGCUAUCAAAAUAAUUGACUUGGAAGAAGCAGAAGAUGAAAUUGAGGACAUUCAGCAGGAGAUUAUGGUGCUGUCCCAGUGUGACAGUCCGUAUGUUACCAAAUACUAUGGCUCCUAUCUCAAGGGCUCAAAGUUAUGGAUCCUUAUGGAAUAUUUGGGCGGUGGAUCCGCCCUAGACCUGAUGAAGGCGGGACCUUUCACAGAAAAUGACAUAGCAAUCAUCAUUAGGGAAAUUCUUAAAGGAUUAGAUUACCUUCACUCAGAGAGGAAAUUACAUAGAGAUAUUAAAGCUGCUAAUGUCUUGUUAUCUGAAAACGGAGAUGUGAAGCUUGCGGACUUCGGUGUAGCGGGUCAGUUAACGAAUACAACCAACAAACGGCAAACAUUUGUUGGCACUCCAUUCUGGAUGGCACCAGAAGUCAUUAAACAAUCAGCCUAUGAUACUAAGGCAGACAUAUGGAGCUUAGGCAUCACAGCAAUCGAGUUGGCCAAGGGUGAACCUCCCAACUCCGACCUCCAUCCAAUGAGGGUCCUCUUCCUCAUACCCAAGAACAAUCCCCCCCAGCUAAUGGGCAACUAUAGUAGAUCAUUUAAAGAAUUUGUGGAGCUCUGUUUGAACAAAGAUCCAAACAAUAGGCCGUCCGCGAAGGAGUUGUUGCGGCAUCAGUUCAUGAAGAGAGCCAAGAAGACUGCCUACCUGGUGGAGUUGAUAGACCGCCACAAGCGAUGGAAGGCAGAAAGGGCCAAUGAAAGUGACAGUGAUGAUGAAAGUGAUGACUCUGAAAAUGGCAGCGAUGAAGAAGUCAUGAAGGAGGGGUGGAUUAUGACUGUGAAGGAAGCUGACAGGACGUUGAUGAUGAAUGGCUUGAAUGAACAAAUGGCUCGUGUAAAUAACCCAGUGCCCAAACGUCAGGCACCCCCUGUGCCACUCCCACAGAGUGACAAUUCACAUCUCAUAGAGGACAAUCGCAGUUGGGGGUUUAAGAAAGAGUUGCCUCCUCCUACGUACCCCAAACCUUAUGGCGUAGGGCAAAAAGUGUACUCCGCCCAUAACGUGUAUCCAGGGCCAGUCCAACAUGUCAGUGCUGGUCAAGUUAAUCAUGGUCGAAGUGAGUCUGCCCCUGUUUUGACAGAGUCCCAAAAUGAUUUCUCCCCAGGCUCUAAACAUCUCCGUAGUCGGUCGGACAUUGCUCAGCCCGUCUCACCACCCAAAUAUAACACACCCCCUCAACAGGAACGUUACGACAUGAGGCCUAAAUCUCAAUACGAUAUUCCAAACAAUAGCCAAUCCAAUCCCCGGGCUACCCCGCGGCAGCCACCUCAGUAUGUCCAUCCACCUCAUGGGUAUUCAAGUCAAGCCAAGCAGCAUGCACCCCAGCCACCCCGGCAGAAGGAAAAUGACAUCCGACCUUCACCGUCAGCUACUCUCACAUGUGCGAUACACCCCACACUCUCUCAGCUGAAAGACGACUACCGUGAUGAGUACAGGCGUCUUGGACGUCCCGUCCAGAAAACGGAGGCCAUUGAUGAGUUGCAGAAUGCAUUUGAUCUGGCUGAGAAGUCAUGUCCAGGGCUGGCAGAUGACCUCAUCUCUGGGAUACUCAAUCGUUUAGGGACACCGUCUUUGAGUGAAAUGGACAUUAGACGGGCAGUGGACAAAGUCAAAAGACCUUCCUAGGACCAACUUGAAUGGGCAACUGUAACAAUUUCUACUGCACUGUUGUUGCUCUGUAUAUAGACAAUUCCAUGAUACUACUACGCCAACUACUGACUUGAUGCUGGACUGACUGAGCUCAUCAACUGAACAUUGCAUGAACAGUCUGCAUCUACCGACACCAUUCCUAAACUUAGUAGCAGCCGAUGUCAUCGCUCCAGAAUAGCCAGAGAUCCUGUAGAGGGUUCCUGGAUUGUGUUCUGUAUUGCCCACGGUUUCAUCUUCAUCAGCUUGUUGGUGAUGAGGAGGAGUUAUAUCCCCUGUAUAGGAGUUGUGUCCCCUGAAACAGCAGAAAGCGCAAUACCAUGGAAACAGUUCAGUUCAAAGGGUAGAGUGCUCGUUAUUAGGUUUCCUACAGGUUUUGUUGGAGCAGUACUUGUUGAACUGUUAUGGCAAUGGAAAGAGGUUUCUAAAGGUUUCCUUUCUAAUAUUCACAAGAUGUAUUUGUGCUUGAUCAUGUGGAAUUGUGCCAUGGUGUGAAUGCUGACCAAACAUGAGCUUGAGAUCUUCCAAUAUAGAUUUUUUCAUUGA